AUGAGGGUCAUUUGGUCCUCCUUGGUGCUGUUAACCAUCUGUUUGGGCCAUGGGGGUGACUUGGCAUCUGCUGAAGGUGUGCAAUGCCCCACUCUUCAAGUGGAGGAGUGGAAGUUUCCACAGACAGCCCGACACAACAUCACAGGUUUCAAUAUGGUACGGCGUUUCUCCCUGUUGAAGAACACAGACGUGAAGAAGAUUCGAAACCCACGCGGGCCCGUCAUCCUCCGUCUCGGAAAAGUCCCGCUCAUUCAACCCACUGAUCAUGUAUUUCCUCUUGGACUGCCAGAGGAGUUCACCUUGGUUUUCACACUGCUGUUGAAGAAAAAGACAUUGAGAGAAAAUAUUUACCUUUUCCAAAUCUCUGAUGAGCAAGGCUACCCUCAGUUUUCUUUGGACCUCAACGGACCGGAGGGCAGUUUGGCAUUGCGAGCGAUGGGUUUGGAGCCAGAAGGUGCCACAGUGGGUUGUGUGUUUAACGGAGAGGGUAUAGAGGCUCUUUUGGAUCUGCGCUGGCAUAAAGUAGCUCUGAGUAUCCAGAGGGAAGCUGCUUCCUUGCAUGUGGACUGCAGCUCAAUUGAGACCAAACCCCUGGAGCCCCGUGCGUUGAUACCCAUCACUGGUCACACGAUCCUGGGCAUGAAGGCCACCGAUGCCGCCCCUGCUGAGAUUGACAUUCAGCAAGUCAUGGUUUAUUGUGAUCCUUCUCUGGCCAUACAGGAGGCCUGCUGUGAGAUCCCCGGAGCUCGGUGCCCCCCCGAUGCCCCCAAGAGUCGGCGAGCUGCAGAGAACGGCGUAGGCGGGAACCUGGUAGAACCAGUGCCCAAUCCCUUCAGUGAGGCAGUCCUUGGAUCAAAAGACCUGAUGGAGAAAUGUGCGGGCUGCUUUUUGAUCAGUGAGGAACACAGUGUUGUGCAGGAAGGAUACGCUGGUCACCCCGGCCCCAAAGGAGAGAAAGGAGACCGGGGUUUAGACUGCGUUGGCUCUGGAGCACUCGGUCGAUGUCCAGAAGGACCUAAGGGGCAGAAGGGAGAGCCGGGGCUGCCCACAAACUGGGGUGAAGCUGUAGGAAAGGGAGAAAAAGGCCAGAAGGGAGAGCUUGGAGAACCAGGUUUGGCUGGACGUCCAGGCAAAGACGGUCGAGCUGGAUCUAUCUGUGUAGUUGGACCUAAAGGACAAAAGGGGACUCCUGGUGAAGUGGGACCAGAGGGACUCGCAGGAGAACCAGGACCACCAGGACUGCCAGGCAUCGGGAAACCAGGACCACCAGGAACCCCAGGUGGACCCCCAGGAUCCAAAGGGGAUAAGGGGGAUUCUGGGAUACCUGGCAAAGAUGGAAAACCUGGAGAUCCUGGUCCAAGGGGUCCAGGAGGGCAUAAAGGUGAGAAGGGAGAGCCAUGUGAAGUCUGCCCUGUGCUGCCCACAGUCCCUGGAGAACCUGUGGCCAUUCAAGGGAAACCAGGGCCCAAAGGAGAGCCAGGGGCCCCAGGAACAGGAGAGCAAGGUCCAGAAGGCCCCCCAGGACUGGAUGGAGAGAAAGGAGAGAAGGGCGAUCGAGGGAUUGAAGGAGCUAAAGGAGAAAAGGGUGAAUCAUGUGCUGCAUGUAGUCCCAGUGCUGCAAAUUUGAUUGGCUUACAGACAGGACAAAAAGGGGAAAAGGGAGACCAGGGUUCCGUUGGACUCCCAGGACCUAAAGGAGAAAAAGGUAACUCAGGUCUCAAAGGAGAAGAAGGGAAAAUUGGUAAAGUGGGUCCUAAGGGGCCUAGUGGCAAGGACGGACAGAAAGGAGCAAAGGGGAGUCCAGGAAUACCUGGCGUUGGCCUACCUGGUUCCAAGGGAGAAAAGGGAGACUCAUGUGGAUUAUGCCCUAGCCUGGAGGUGGGCAGUAAUCCUGUCAGUACUAAGGUUCCUCCUUCUGAGUCACAGCUGCUGAAGGACAAACAGGGACCACCUGGUGUCAAAGGAGAAAAGGGAGACCAGGGCUCACAGGGAGACCAGGGAGCAGAUGGGAUGCCUGGAGCACCAGGACUGCCUGGAGAACCUGGAAGAGAUGGCAUGCCUGGGCUUAAAGGAGAAAAGGGAGAUGCAUGUGACAGCUGUCCACCUCCUCCGGUGGGGCCAGACAACAUGGUUGGAUUACGAGGACCAAAAGGAGAAAGGGGCGAGCCAGGGCUUCCAGGGGUGGGGACGCCUGGGAAACAUGGCCAGCCAGGUCUUCCUGGUGUCCAGGGACCUCAAGGACCUAAGGGAAUUCAGGGUGACCCCGGACCUGCAGGUGUUGGCCUUCCUGGAGCUCAGGGUCCCCCAGGAAAGAUGGGCCUCCCGGGAUCGAUUGGUCCAGCAGGAGAGAGGGGCCUGAAAGGAGCAAUGGGACCGGCAGGGCCUCCGGGGCCCGGUAUCCCUGGCCCAGUUGGGCCCCCGGGCAGGGUUGGCAAUCCUGGUGUACAUGGGAUCCCAGGUGAAGAUGGCAGACCUGGAGCUGUUGGACCUAAAGGGGACAAGGGUGAACCAGGAGACUGUAACUGUCUGCCUCCCACUUCUCCUGGAGCAGGUGGUCCUGGAGCACCAGGGGCCGGUCCCAGUUUGUUGCAGCGUGGUCCACAGGGGCCUCCAGGACCACCGGGACCACCAGGUCCUCCAGGACCUCAGGGUUUCACUGGAAUCCCAGGGCCACAGGGUAUCCCUGGCAACGAUGGCAAACCAGGGAAACCGGGUGUGCCCGGGACAGUAUUUGCUAUCCCGGGUGACGAGGCCAUCCCUGAUAUUAAGGAGUCAUGUGGCAGCUGCUCCCAGGGUCUGCCAGGGGUGCCCGGCAUGACUGGCACUAAGGGCGAGAAGGGAGAGCAGGGCAGGCCUGGCAUAGGACUCCCCGAUGCCUGUGAGAGGUGUCUACAGAGGCUGCAGAGAGAGGAGGCUGUACCACCACCUAUGGAUAACAACCCUGCUUGCGCAGGUGUGCCAGGGUCACCAGGUAUCCCGGGGCAGCCAGGGAUUAAAGGAGAUCCAGGACCAAGGGGUGAGAGGGGAUUCCCUGGUCCUCCUGGAAACCCUGGUCCCAUCGGUUUCCCUGGUCCUCAAGGCCCUGCUGGAUUACCUGGUCAGCAAGGUGAAAGAGGAUUGGGUGGGCUUCCAGGACAGAAAGGUGAACAGGGUCCACCCGGAUCUCCUGGAUAUCCAGGGUCUAUGGGACCACCUGGGCUUCCUGGAUUGAAAGGAGAGCGAGGCAACCCAGGAACUGCAGGGCAAAAAGGAGAAUCAGGUCCACCAGGACUGCCAGGCUACCAGGGACAAGUAGGACCAGCGGGUCCCAAAGGUGAAGCUGGAGCAUCUGGACCCGUGGGACCAAAAGGAGAUCAGGGUUUCCAAGGACAACCAGGCUUUCCAGGCCCACCGGGACCUCCUGGCUUCCCAGGAAAAGUUGGACCAGUGGGUCCAUCUGGACCAAAAGCAGAGAAGGGCAGUGCUGGAGUUCCAGGCUCACAGGGACCUCCAGGUCCCCCAGGAUCCAUGGGGCCGCCUGGUAUGCCGGGACCCCCUGGGAUUGAAGGACUUGAUGGCAAAGAUGGAAAGCCAGGAUUACGAGGAGAUCCAGGUCCUGCUGGUCCACCAGGACUCAGGGGAAUCCCAGGUUUCAAAGGCAAGACAGGACAUACAGGGUUCCCUGGACAAAAGGGAGAUGUUGGACCUCAGGGCCCGCCUGGAGCAGCAGGCAGACCAGGACAUGAGGGGGACCCCGGAAGCCCAGGGCCACAGGGCCCCCCCGGCCCUCCUGGACAUAUCGGACCAGCUGGUCCUAUAGGACCUCCGGGACCAGCUGGGGCUCCUGGAGUGGGAAUAAAGGGUGACCAAGGACAGCAAGGGGAGAGAGGUCUGCCAGGACUAUCAGGGCUCCCAGGGGCCCCUGGUCAUCCAGGAAUGAUGGGAGAGCCAGGAAAUGAUGGAGCUCCUGGUAAAGAUGGGAUUCCAGGACUACCAGGAGAAAGUGGCCAGCAAGGACAGAAAGGUGAACCAGGUGCUUCAGGAUUGAGGGGACCUCCAGGAGAACGCGGUCGCCCUGGUCCACCAGGCGGAGGUUAUUCUUCUAAAGACUCUGGGGGCAUGAUGGGGCCAGCAGGGCCCCGUGGAGAGAGGGGAAGUCCUGGAACACCUGGACUUGCUGGAGCUCCAGGACCUCCAGGCCUACCAGGGACAGAGGCCGUUGUCAACUAUGACGAGAUUAAGAACUUCAUCAGACAGCAGGUCAUCAAGAUCUUUGAUGAGCGUAUGGCCUACUAUAUGUCACGUAUGCAGAUGCCUGUUGAAAUGGUAGCAGCUCCUGGUCGUCCUGGACCACCAGGUAAGGAUGGAAACCCAGGAGUGGCAGGACCCCCAGGAAUGCCAGGCCGCCCAGGACAGAUUGGCCGAGAGGGACGACAGGGACCGAUGGGCCCACCAGGUCCCCGGGGAAUAAAGGGGGAGAAAGGAGAUAAGGGUAUGGGAGAGAUGGGAGACAGUGGACCUCCAGGAGCUCCAGGUAUCCCUGGAGCUCCUGGUUAUGGGAAAAUGGGACCACCAGGUCCUGCAGGACAGCAAGGUGUCCCUGGGAUCCCAGGACCUCCCGGAGCACCUGGACAAAAGGGCAAAGACGGCAGGUGUCACCCCUCUGACUGUAUGAGUAUGCCUGUGGAGUACAACCCCAAAGGGCCCCCCGUCAAAGGUCCCAUGUACUAAAGAGAGGGAUGGGAAAGAGAGGGAAGCAGGAAGGAGAUCAAUAAAACCCAAAGAGCAGCAUCACCAAAACAUCAUGGAAUGUCUAAAAGCUCCAGAGGAAGGUCACUGGGAUUAAAAAAGUGAAUUUGCUCCUGUGUUUCUCAACAGUGACUCAGCUGCUGACACCAUGCCAUCAAGCUUGUUUAAAGAGCUCACGCUUGACCUACUGUGAGGAGUUCUUUGGAACCUAUCUUCUUCAGCUCCAGCUACUGAAGUGCAGCUUUUAUGAUCUGUGCUAUGACCAGUCCAACUUUCUGGAAUGCCCGGAUGCUUUCUCUUACCUUCUUUGUCUUCCAUCUUUGGAGUUUUGUUUUGUUCGAUAUAUUAUUUGUGCUUGCUGAUGCUGGAUUGAAAACUUGAGGACCUUGGCCAACUUUUAAUACGACGAUAUUGCUCAUGGAUUCAUUUGAUUCAACAGUAUUUUCAGUUUCUACAGAAGUAUACUUCAUUUGCUCACUUCUCAGAGGAAAAGAAAAAAAUCACUUGUCCCAAAGCUUUUAUUUUGUUGUCUCUUAAAGUUUUCUCCAAAGCUUCUACCAGGUGUCCUGAUUUUGUUAAUGUUUGG